GCUCCCCAGGCUUCGCGCCGGCCGGAAGACGCUGCUGGCUGCCGCCGCGGGCGUGGUGAUGCUUCUGGUGUUGGUGGUGCUCAUCCCCGUCCUGGUGAGCUCGGGCGGCCCGGACGGCCACUAUGAGAUGCUGGGCACCUGUCGCAUGGUGUGCGACCCCUACCCCGCGCGGGGCCCCGGCGCCGGCGCGCGACCCGACGGCGGCGACGCCCUGAGCGAGCAAAGCGGCGCGCCCCCGCCCUCCACGCUGGUGCAGGGCCCCCAGGGGAAGCCGGGCCGCACCGGCAAGCCGGGGCCCCCUGGGCCUCCCGGGGACCCGGGUCCUCCGGGCCCCGUGGGGCCGCCCGGGGAGAAGGGUGAGCCAGGCAAGCCAGGGCUCCCCGGGCUGCCGGGAGCGGGGGGCAGCGGUGCCAUCAGCACAGCCACCUACACCACAGUGCCGCGUGUGGCCUUCUACGCCGGCCUCAAGAACCCCCACGAGGGUUACGAAGUGCUCAAGUUCGACGAUGUGGUCACCAACCUAGGCAACAAUUACGACGCGGCCAGCGGCAAGUUUACGUGCAACAUUCCUGGCACCUACUUUUUCACCUACCAUGUCCUCAUGCGCGGCGGCGACGGCACCAGUAUGUGGGCGGACCUCUGCAAGAAUGGCCAGGUGCGGGCCAGCGCCAUUGCCCAGGACGCGGACCAGAACUACGACUACGCCAGCAACAGCGUGAUCCUGCACCUGGACGCGGGCGACGAGGUCUUCAUCAAGCUGGACGGAGGCAAAGCGCAUGGCGGCAACAGCAACAAAUACAGCACAUUUUCCGGCUUCAUCAUCUACUCCGAUUGAGCUCCCUGCGCCCCCUUCCAUCCUCCAUGGCCCGGGGGUCCCCUCUGGCGGGGGGCUGAGAAUGACUUGUCCCCCGCUCGCGCCCCUCUCUGCCUGUGCCUGUCUGCCGGUCUUCCCCAGCUCUGAUGCCCCGGCCUAUGUCACCACCAC